AUGGCGGCCGUGGCGGGCGGGUCGAGUCCCGUGCACGGCCUCGUGUCGCUGCCCGACCGCCUUCACGGCCUCUUCGCCUCCACUGACUUUCCGCCUUCCGCCGAGUUAAACCCCAGCGCGCAUGACGCCGCCUCCCGCGCUGCUGCUCACCUACCCCCGUUACCCGCUGCGUCGUUGAUGCUGCCGCCACAGGAGCCACGAGCCGGAACCGCUGGCACGUCAGCUGCAGCUUCGGCGGAAGCGCGCCGGGAGAGCGACUCGGCAGCCACGCUCGCAGCGCCAUUGGCGACUUCGACGAGCACGCCACUGGCGGCGGGGUUUGCGACAUUUGCGGGCUCUGGCCGUCACGCCGACUAUAGCGCCUCGAGGUGGCGGAGGCGACUGGAGCAGCGCGAGGAGCCCGUGGCCGCCUCCAGCGGCGGUGCGCCGCCGUUCGCGGGGGGGGCAGGCGCAGCGUGGGCAUUCCCCUCGGUGGGGCGGCUGGUAGCAGCGCAGGGGGCGGCGGGCGGGGGAGCGGACGUACUACAAGCAGCAAAUGCGUCGGAGUGGAUCCCCGCGGCAGCGGCGGACGAGGACCUGCCGCAGGCGCUGGAGCAUGCAGGCGGGGGAAUGGAGGGCGCGGGCGGAGGCGGGGGAAUGGAGGACGUGGUGGGGGGCUGGGGCACGUGGGACACGGCGUGGGGCGUGAUGGGGAUGGACGCGGGGGCGGCGGUGGAGAUGGAGAUGCGAUGCGCGGAGGAGCUGCUCCGACGCACCGCCAUGGUGCCCGAAGCCGAGGCGCGGGCCAUCGUCCCCCAGGGCGAGGCCGACGCGCCGGCCAUGGCUUCGUGCGAGGGCGAGGCAACGGCCAUGGUGGGAGAGAUGGAGGCGCCGGCGGAUAGCACGCAGGACAGCGGCAUGGCAGGCCCGCCGUCGCACCCUCUCGGCGCCGCUGCAGCGCAAUCACCGCCCGCAUCCUGUGGCGACGCGCCAUCUCCUGCUUCUGCCCCAGAAGGCGCGCGCUUCUCCCGUCGCGCCACGUGGUCCGCGGCGCCCUUCCCGUCGUCGGCGGAUGCGGCGCUGAUGCAAGCGAUGGAGCUCGAUCGCCUCGAGCACGACGCCACCAUGGCGCGCCUCACCGCCGUGGCCGCAUCCCACGGCGCCAAUCGCGCCCUGCCUCCCGCCUCGCCUCUUGCUUCCACCCUCCCCUCCCCAACCGACCCCAGCACCCGCCUUUCCGCUGCACCCUCCUCCGCUGCACGACCGGCUGACGCCAUCAUGACAGCCGCGCCAGCCUCUGCCAUGUCCGCCGCCAUGCCCACCGCCAUGCCCGAUGGCGCCAUGGACGCUCCCUUCCUGCCCGCCCUCGACUUCCCUUCGCGCCCCAAGCGCGCCAAGCCGCUCCACCACCAGCAGCAGCAGCAGCAGCAGGGGCAGGCGCAGGGGCAGGGGCAGGAGUCCUGUAUGAACCAUGUACCUCAGCCCGAGUCCCACCUCCCGCCUGUGCUACCCGCAGCUACCGCCCCUUCCGCCUGCCCAGCAGCCGUCUCAUUGGCCGAGGCCUUUCGCAUGGAGGCGCUCCGGGCAGGGUGGGGUGAGGGGGAGGGGGGGAUGCGGAAUGAGGAGAAGGGGAAGAUGAAGGAGAGCGGUGGGCAGGGCGGAGAAGGGGGAGGGCCAGCAGGGGGAGAAAGCACGGCGUGUGGUGGGGAAGCAGUGGACGCGGAAUUGCCCGGGGGCUCGGAGGGGCAGGCAGACGGGGUUGGUGGGGCGGAAGAGGGGGGGAGGGAGGCGGUGAUGGAGGGACCCAGCAGCAGCGCAGCAGCGGGGCUGCGGAACCCAGCGAGGGCGGCCGGGGGGGACACUGCUAGUGGCGGGGGGGGGAAGCCAGCCCAGGCGACAGCAGCAGGAGCAGCGUGUGCGGGGCGCGCUGGAGGAGCGAUUUUUUAUCCCUGGGCGCCCACGCGCACCACCACGUUCCCCGUCGCCCACCUGCCGGGCAUUGCCCCAGCCGUGAACGAGCUGCUGGCGCGGCGGUUUGCGGUGAAUCAACAGCACCUGCCCGCUGUGGCGUCCGCUGUGGCGCCAGAGGUGCAGCAGCUGUUUGCGCGCCGCCACACCGUGUCCGGCACUCCCUCAGUGCGUGAUAUGGGCUUGCAGCACAGCUUGCCCCGCCCCUUGCAACCACUCCCCUUCACCCUCCCCACCAUCCAGUCGCUUGAAGACCCUCUGCCCCUCAUCCCUCGCUCCCUCGCCUCCUUCCAGCCCCACCCUGACCCUCCUGCACCUGCACCUGCACCCAAUGCCGCCGCUGCAGCACUGUCCGCUCGCACGCUCUUCCCCUCGAUGCACCCCUUUAGCAGCGCCCUGGUUCCGCCCUCCACCAUGCCACCGCUCUUCCCGUCGCCUGCCAUCCCAUCGCCUGCCAUCCCGUCUCCUGCCAUCCCAUCGCCUGCCAUCCCGUCUCCUGCCAUCCCAUCGCCUGCCAUCCCACCUGCCAUCCCGUCGCCUGCCAUCCCGUUCCGCUUCCUCACGCCUCCCCUCACGCCCUCCUCGCCUCCCCUCUGCGUCACGCCCAGAGGGGCCAUCAGUGCCAGUGCCGCCAGCAGCAGCAGCAGCGGCAGCGCAGGAGCAGCGGGGCCCUUUGCCCGAACUGGGGUUUCAAGGGGGUCAAAAGGGUCAAUGCGGUCAAUGCGGUCAAAGGGGUCAGCAGACCCUCUCACAUUCCCCCCGCCCUCUGCAGCGCUCCAAUGUGAAGCAGCACGGGGCAGCAUCCUCUAUGCCGGUUCCAAACGAAGCCUCUCCUCCUCCACCCUCCCCUCCCUCACUCUCCCUACCAUCCCUCCCUUUUCAUCCUCCAUCCCGGUCCAUCAGCAAACCUUCCUGCCCUUGUCCGCACCACCCCCUCCCUUCGCGGCCACGUCCUCCCUCCUUCCGUUCCUGCCUGACGCCUCCACCACGGACCCCCUGCGCUGCCUGGGGUGUGGAAUCGAACUAGACCAGGAAAAUGCGAGGGAGGCCCUGGCUUUACCCGACGGGGUGGGACCGCCGUUGCCUCGCGGCUCGGAAAUGCUUGCGGGGCGCAUUCCGCGUGUGCACGGGUGCAAUGAGUGCCUGCCCCUGCUCGUGCCCAGCUACUUCAAGAGGCGGGCAGCUGCAAAGAAGCACACUCCUAACAAGUCCACGUGA